AUGGGGUUUAUUAGAGGCCACAAUAUUCCCAAAUCCACUAGAAUCUUGUUGGGUUACUUGUUCACCGUUACUACUUUGUUGUGUGUAUUCAAGUACCGAAUAUACCACGGCAUAGUAUUGUCAGGAUCUUCCGAACCACCCAGCUUCAAUGAAAUACUUGUUCCUUUCAUUCAAUUGAUUCCUUCCACCACUGCAUUCAACCCAUGGGUUGUUGUUACUGCUAUAUUUGCGGAAACACAUCUUGCUACCUUUAUCUUUUCUCUUGUGGUCUUAUUUGUCGGAAGCAAGUUUGUUGAGAGAUUCUGGGGGGACUUUGAAGUUGUCAAGUUCAUAGCCAUAGUUGGGAGUGUCACCAACUUAAUCACUGUUUUGAUUGCAAUUGUCUCCAAUUUAGUCAGACAAGAUGAGAAGAAUAUGAAUACACCUUUGGGUGGUGGAAUCUCGUACUACUUUGGAUUCCUUGUUGUGUUCAAACAAUUGAUUCCAGAACACAACAUUGUAUUGUUUCAGGGCUUGAUCAACUUCAGAGUCAAGCAUCUUCCGUUUGCGUUGUUGAUUGUGUUGGUAAUCUGGUCGGCUGCUAUAAGUCAAUCGAUGUAUCCUGCGGUGCCAUCCGUAACUAGUUUUUUUGUGGCAUUUGCAUAUUUGAGAUUUUUCCAAGCAUUAAGAACAGAGCCAACCUUACCUGUGUCAACCAAUGAUGCAUCAAACAGCUCGGUUUUGAUUGGUGAUGCUUCAGACACGUUCCAAUUGGUAGAAUUCUACCCAGCGAUUUUGAAACCAUACUUGACACCCGUGUUUAAUGGUGUUUACGAUGGUGCCGUGUUUUUAGGUAUCGUUACUCCAUUUAAUGACGAGACUGUCCAACAAAGUAACUCUAGAGCUCAAAAGAGACAAGAGCAGGUUAGUCAAGCUAGUAAGAGCGUUGCAAGCUCCGUAGCAGAAAGAAGGAGACAGGUUGCAUUACAAGUGAUUGAGGAUAGAAUCAACAAAGAAACAACAAAGUAA